AUGGAUCCUAACUUCCGCGAGGAGUAUACACGGUUGCAGCAGGUGGACACUACAAGAGAUGCGCUUAUUGAAAGGAUGCUCAACGUAGUCGAAAAGCUCCAAACGGAGUACAGUACUGCGAAGCGUGAGCUCGAGCGAGCGAACAGUAAUACAGAUAUGUACUAUGAUCGCAGCAGAGAAUUUGAACGCCAGCUACGGUCGAUUGAGCGAACGGGAUUUCUAGACGACCUGAUUGAAAAUGGCGAAGCUGGCGGGCAAAAGGCUGCACAAAAUUUAAGAGCCGCUGUUAGCGAGCAUAUGCGAAAUGAUAUCGGCUUGCAGCAUGGCUUCGAUAUUGUGAUUUAUAUUUAUAUUAAUUUACGUGGGCUUACGAAAGCCUACUGCGAUAUUAGUCACAUUCUACAGUCAAGAGAUGACUUGGAUGGCUUCAUCCGUGGAUUUAAUAUGGGUCACCCGCUUGUCAACAUUAUCGAUGCCGGCAAUGGCAAAGAAUGUUCCGAUUCCAAAAUCAAAGAAUUGUUUCGACUCCACAUGGGCGAUAGUCAUUGUAAACAUCUAAUAUUCGGCGGCUCAGCCGACAACGGGUAUGCGAGACUACUCGGGCCUUACAGCGACGAUACCAACAGAGGCCGCAUUACCAUGCUUGAAGGAUCCCCAUUUGCACCAGAGCUCGCUCGACUCGCCCCAAAAUUCAAGCUCGCCAGAUUCGCCCAAGUCUUUCGCGCCACCAAGAUCAGCCCACGAUCAGCCGAUCCACGCCUGGUAUCACAACACGCAACAACAGCGCCAGUCGCACACAUGGGCUUCGGUACGAACGGCAUCUCCACUCAGCCCUCCACCUCUCCCCUCGCGACUCAAAGCGGUACCAAUGACAACAGACCGUCCUCCACUAGAACUCCACCCGGUUUCAACAACCCAUUUCCGCCUCUCCCAUCACAACAGAACGGCCACUCUCUACCCUCAUCCGUCAAACCCCUCAAAACCUUCACCCCAGCCUCCUCCAACAUCCUCAUCCCAACAAAACGCCGCUCCACCUCUCCCACGCACACACCUGCCCCCAUCCCCACCUCCGCCCUCAACAACCCCCCAAAGCGCCCCAUCUACCCCGAAUCCUUCAUCGGGCUCAACAUGCACAACCAGCGAAUCGACACGCCUUUGCACCCGUCCUCCGCCAUCGCCAACGCGCUCAAACCGCGCAAAAUGUGCAACAACUACCACCUGCGCGGCUACUGCGGCGCAGGGGCGCACUGUACAUACGAACACGGCAAUGUGUUGGCCGGGGAGGAGAGGACGGCGCUCCGGUUCCUGGCGAGGCAGGUGCCGUGUCAUAAUGGGUUGGAGUGCGAUGAUGCGGGGUGUUUCUUUGGGCAUAGGUGUGUUAAUGGGAUGAAGUGUAAGAUGUUGGGGUGUCGGUUUGGGAGGGAGAUGCAUGGGGUGGAGGAGGGGAUUGUGAAUUUGCCUGAGAGUGCGGGGGCAGGGGUGGGGAUGGUGCUUUAG